UUCUGCCAACACAGCUAAAAUGAGACGGAAAACUUUUUGUUCCAAAGUUGAUGUAAUGGUCUACUGCGAAGCAGAUUGGGCGUUUUCAGUUCAUUUAUACAAGAUGACAAAUUUAACCCUCGAGAGGUGAUUUAUGGGAUUGCGGACAGAAGAAAUCGUUGAGAGCGACCGAGAGCGAAAAAUCACGGUAUACGUUGUAUUUCUGCAAAUAAGGAGUGGAAAACGACGUGCGACAGCAAACAGUUUUGAUUCAGGUACAAAAUCAACAUUUGGCGCCAUGGCCUCUGAAAAUAAUCUGUCUGGGGUAAAUGAAACAAAGACACCAAAGAGUGUGUUUCAGACAGAAUCUCCUGAACCCAGCUGUGUGUCUAUAAAGAGUGACUGGUCAAUGAAGGAUCUACCUUGGUUCAGUGAGACAGACUCUCCUGCUAAUGUGAGUGUGUUUCAGACAGAAUCUCCUAAACCCAGCUGUGUGUCUAUAAAGAGUGACUGGUCAAUGAAGGAUCUACCUUGGUUCAGUGAGACAGACUCUCCUGCUAAUGUGAGUCUGAUUCAGAGAAAAUCUCCUGAACCCAGCUGUGUGUCUAUGAAAAGUGAGCAGUCAAUGAAUCGUCCACCGCUCUGUAUUGAGACAGACUCUCCUGCUAAUGUAAGAAACAAAACAGAUAAAUCAAAGUCAGAAUCAAACUCUACUGAAAAGAAGCAGUUGGACUCCAUCUUUAAGAAUCUCAAUCACCAAAUCAUCCCUCUGAUGAAGAAAGAGCUGCAGAUGUUUAAAAGAGUUCUGAGCCUAGAUUACCCAUCAUGGUCUGAGAGAGAAGAGGAAGAUGAAGGUCAGAGAAAAGUCAGAGAAGGGCUUCUGAAGAUCACACUGACUGUCCUGAAGGAGAUGAAGCAGACAGACCUUGCUAACACACUACAGACGAGACUUGCCCCUUUGUAUUUGAAACAACACAAACGCAGCCUAAAUGAGAAAUUUCAGAAAAUGAAUGAAGGAAUAUCAAAUCAAGGAAGCUCUAUAUCUCUGCACGAGAUCUACACAGAGUUAUACAUCACAGAAGGAGGGAGUGGAGAGGUCAAUAAUGAACAUGAGCUGAGACCGAUUGAGACAGCAUGCAGAAGACCAGAAAGACAGGGGACAUCAAUCAAAUGCAAUGACAUAUUCAGACCUUCACCUGGACAAAGCAAACCUAUUAGAACUGUGCUGACUAAAGGAGUUGCUGGAAUUGGAAAAACAGUUUCGGUGCAAAAGUUCAUUUUGGAUUGGGCUGAAGGAAAAGCAAAUCAGGAUCUCCACUUCAUAUUUCCCCUUCCUUUCAGAGAACUGAAUUUGAUAAAGCACAGAAACCUCACUUUGAUGGAGAUUCUUCGUCAUUUUUUCACACAUACAAAUGAACUGACAUCAACAGAUGUUAAUGACUUUAAAGUCCUGUUUAUCUUUGAUGGCCUGGAUGAGUGUCGACUUCCUCUUGAUUUUCUAAACAAUCCAAGCUUGUCUGAUGUAACACAUUCAGCCUCCAUGGAUGUGCUGCUGACAAACCUCAUCAAGGGGAAUCUGCUUCCUUCUGCUCUCCUCUGGAUCACCUCUCGACCAGCAGCAGUCAGUCAGAUUCCUUCUGAGUGUGUUGACCUGGUUACAGAUGUACGAGGGUUCAAUGAUCCUCAAAAGGAUGAAUAUUUUUGGAAGAAGGUAAAUGAUCUAAGUUUGGCCAGUAGAAUCAUUGCACACAUCAGAUCAUCAAGAAGCCUGUAUAUCAUGUGUCACAUCCCGGUCUUCUGCUGGAUUUCAGCCACUGUUCUAGAGGAAAUGAUGGGUGAAGCAGAGAGUGCAGAGAUCCCCAAGACCCUCACUCAAAUGUUCAUACACUUCCUGAUCUUUCAGACCAAACUAAAAUCCAUGAAAUAUGAUGGAAAAUGUGAUGUAGAUCGUAAACAGGCUAGAAAUAGUAUCAUGUCACUGGGAAAUCUGGCUUAUCAACAGCUGGAAAAAGGGAACCUGAUCUUUUACGAGGAGGACCUGAGAGAGUGUGGCAUUGAUGUCAGAGAUGCAUCAGUGUAUUCAGGAGUUUGUACCCAAAUCUUCAGAGAGGAGUUUGGGCUGUACCUGGAGAAGGUGUACAGCUUUGUUCAUCUGACCAUUCAGGAGUUUAUUGCGGCUUUAUAUGUGUUUCUUUGCUUUUUCAGACAAACAGGACCUGCUAACAUGUUCAGAUCAACAUUGACUGAUUUACUAAAGAGUGAAGUGGACAAGGCCUUGAAGAGUGAGAAUGGUCACCGUGAUCUUUUCCUCAGAUUCCUGCUGGGUCUCUCCCUGGAGUCCAAUCACACUCUCCUACGAAGUCUUCUGAAAAAGACAAGAAACAGACCUCAUAACAAACAAGAAAUAGUUGAGUACAUUAAGAUGAAGAUCAGGGAGAACUCCUCUUCAGAGAAAUCCAUUAAUAUGUUCCACUGUUUGAAUGAACUGAAUGAUGACUCUCUAGUGCAGGAAGUCCAAACAUACCUGAGCAGCACAGGUACCAGUUGUCUUUCAACAGUCAAACUCUCUCCUUCUCAGUGGUCAGCUCUGGUGUUUGUGCUGCUGAACUCAGAAGAGAAGCUGGAUGAGUUUAAACUAAGUAAAUAUCAGAAAUCAGAGGAAUGUCUUCUGAGGUUGCUCCCAGUGAUAAAAGCAUCUACAAAAGCAGAGUUGUAUAACUGCAGUAUUGGAGAGAAAGCUUGUGCUACUCUGGUUUCAGCUUUGAAAUCCAAUCCUUCCCACCUGAGAGAGCUGAAUCUGAAUUAUAAUGAACUAGGAGACACAGGAGUGAAGCUGCUCUCUGAUCUACUGCAGGAUCCAAACUGUAAACUGGAAGCACUACAUGUGAGUCGCUGUAAUCUCACAGAGAGAAGCUGUCCAUCUCUGGCCUCAGUUCUCAGCUCAACCUCCUCAAGUCUGAUAAAGCUGAACCUGAGUUACAGCAGUCUACAGGAUUCAGGAGUGGAGCUGCUCUGUAUAGGACUGAAAGAUCAGCACUGUAAACUAAAAAUAUUACAGCUGUGUAACUGCAGCAUUGGAGAGAAAGGCUGUGCCGCUCUGGCUUCAGGUCUGAGAUCAAAUCCCUCAAACCUGAGAGAACUGGAUCUGAACUAUAAUAAACUAGGAGACUCAGGAGUGAAACUGCUCUCUGAUCAACUGCAGGAUCAACACUGUAAACUGGAGAAACUACAGUGA